ACACAAGGCACAUCAAUGGAUCUCUUCAUAGUCCUGGUGAUUUGUCUUUCUUUUUUGAUUUUCCUUUUUCUGUGGAACCAAAGCUAUGCCAAAGGGAAGCUGCCACCUGGCCCUACCCCUCUCCCCAUCAUUGGGAAUAUUCUACAGAUAAACAUUAAGGAUGUCACCAAAUCCCUGAGCAAGCUAGCAGAAGUCUAUGGCCCUGUGUUCACUGUAUAUUUUGGCAUGAAGCCCACCGUGGUGUUAUACGGAUAUGAAGCAGUGAAGGAAGCUUUGAUUGAUCAGAGUGAGGAGUUCUCUGGCCGAGGCAGUUUACCAAUAGUAGACAGAAUCAACCAGGGAUUAGGAAUUGUUUUCAGCAGUGGAGAAAAAUGGAAGCAAACCCGGCGUUUCUCCCUCAUGGUUUUGCGGAAUAUGGGGAUGGGGAAGAAGACUAUUGAAGAUAGAAUUCAAGAGGAAGCCUUGUGUUUGGUAGAAUCAUUAAAAAAAACUAAUGCAUCUCCGUGCGAUCCAACUUUCCUUCUGAGCUGUGCUCCCUGCAAUGUGAUCUGCUCUAUUAUCUUCCGGAACCGUUUUGAGUACAGUGAUGAGGAAUUCCUAGCUUUGAUAAAAUAUAUCAAUGAAAAUGCAAGACUUGCAAGCACCUCCUGGAUAGAGCUCUACAAUGCUUUCCCCUUUUUAAUACAUUAUCUCCCAGGAAGUCAUAAUACACUAUUUAAAAACAUAAUUGAGCAAAGAAAGUUCAUUUUUGAGAACAUAAAGAAACACCAAGAAUUCCUUGACCUCAGUAACCCUCAAGACUUUAUUGAUUACUUCCUGAUUAAAAUGGAAAAGGAAAAGCACAAUAAGCAGUCUGAAUUUACCAUGGACAACUUGAUCACUACUGUAUGGGAUGUAUUUACUGCUGGAACAGAGACAACAAGCAUGACUUUGAGAUAUGGACUCCUGCUCCUGCUGAAGCACCCAGAGGUCACAGCUAAGGUCCAGGAAGAGAUUGACCGUGUGAUUGGCAGACACCGGAGCCCCUGCAUGCAGGACAGGAGCCGCAUGCCCUACACGGAUGCCGUGGUGCACGAAAUCCAGAGAUACAUCGACCUGGUGCCCGGCAGCAUGCCCCAUGCAACAACUCAGGACGUUAAAUUCAGAGAAUACAUUAUUCCCAAGGGCACAGCCAUAGUAACAUCUCUGACUUCUGUUCUGUAUGAUGGCAAAGAGUUUCCCAAUCCAGAGCAGUUUGACCCUGGUCACUUCCUGGAUGAAAGUGGCAACUUUAAGAAGAGUGACUACUUCAUGACUUUUUCAGCAGGAAAAAGAGUUUGUGUUGGAGAAGGCCUGGCCCGCAUGGAGCUGUUUUUAUUCCUGGUCAGCAUUUUACAGCAUUUCACUUUGAAAUCUCUGGUUGAUCCAAAAGACAUUGACACUACCCCAGCUCUCAAAGGGUUAGGCUCUAUAGCACCCUUCUAUGAGGUCCGUUUCAUUCCAGUCUGAACAAAGGCCAGCUAGGUGCACGCUGUCCUAUGUGUUAGCUAUUACUCUGCUCUCCCUUAACAUCAGGAAAGACAUUCCUGAGCCCUGCCUCUUCUAAUUUUCUUUAAGAUUCAGUUCAAAUUUCCGUGCAUGAAAUACAGCUCAUUGUUUCAUUGCCAGUAAAAUUGUGUCUUACAAUUUUGAGGUCUUAAGCUACGUCUCACCCACGGUGUAUACUGAAUGAAAGAUAUCUUAUAAAUGUCAUAUUUUGUUUUAUGAAAGUUAAAAUUGCAAAUUA